AUGUGCCACGCGGACCAACGGUGGACUGAGGCGCUUCCCCUGGUUCUCCUCAGAAUCCGCACUGCUUUCAAGGAGGACCUACAAGCAUCGGUAGCUGAGUUCGUGUACGGUGAGACACUCAGAGUGCCCGGCAAGCUGCUAACACCGACCACCGAACCAGCGGACCCAGCGCAGUUAAUCACCGAACUACGGCAGCAUAUGGCUCAACUCAGACCGAUUCCGGCAUCACGGCACACCUGCCCGGCUACGUUCGUGCACAGAGACCUCGGUAAUUGCACUCACGUCUUCCUCCGGCAGGACGCAGCCCGUAGGGCAUUGGAGCCCCCCUACCGCGGCCCUUACCAGGUCCUAACGUGGAGAGACAAGACGAUGCAAAUUCUUGUGCGCGACAGGCCCGUCACUGUGUCAACUUAUCGGGUCAAGCCUGCCUACAUGCUGAACGAGUCCAGCCACGGAACCCACACGACUUUCAACCCGACAACCGCAGCAGCACCGGCCUCACCUGCCACACCUCCACAACUCGCCGCAAAAUCUACAAGCUGCGGACGUCAAAUCCGCCUCCCUGCUCGCUUCAACAGCUGA